AUGACUAGACAUCACCGUCAGAGCUGCAAGAGCCAGGGCUCCAAUAUCGAUACUGCGCUCUGGAAAGAUAACAAUCAUUACCAUGCCUUGGCUCGAUGCCUGGAGCUAGCGUGGCGUGCUGGUCAUGUUGACCAAGCAGACAAAUUCCUUAAAAAAGCUAUUGAGAAUAAUCCACGAGCCUCCGUUGACGCUGGAUAUAACUACUGCAAGGGAUUGCAUGAAUGGUAUUCUGGAGAACCGAAUGCCGCUUUGCAAGCGUUUAAUCGAGCUCGCCGUGAUCUUGAAUGGGGUGAGAGAGCGUUGUACAAUAUGAUAGAAAUUGUGCUCAAUCCCGAUAACGAGAUAAUUGGCGGAGAAGUGUUGGACCACGCCGAGGAGAAGUGA